AUGCAGUACUGGGAUGAUGCAACCAAUGCUCUUCUUGAGAAGUUCAGGGCAAAUGGUGGUGUUGUUGAUGCUUAUGAAGAUUUCUUUCAUGGCACAGACUAUCUUGAUGCCGUCAGAUUGGGCAAGAUCAAAGAUGGUGAUCCUAUACUAAUGCUUUCGAUUGAUGGUGCUCAGCUGUAUGAGAGUAAGCAAUCAGACUGUUGGAUAUAUAUUUGGGUAGUAUUUGACCACCACCCACAGGAACGCUACAAGAAGAAGUAUGUUCUACCUGGAGGAUUCAUUCCUAGUCCCAAUAAGCCAAAGAAUGUGGACUCAUUCUUGUUUCCUGGCCUAUACCACCUUGCAGCCAUUCAGCAUGAAGGGUGCCAUAAACCAGGUGCUGGCAGACACUAUUAUCCAGCGCUCCUCAAGCCAAUCAACUAUGAUCAUGCUGGUUCUAACCAUCCUGAUAUUGAUGUCAAGAGCCUUCCUGCUGCAUCUUCAGGGAACUAUCUAGAAAAUCUCAAGCACCUGAUGGAAUCACGCACCCAAACUCAGUAUGAGCAGCGCCGUCUCCAAAUGGGUAUCUCAAAACCCACUAUCUUUCUUGGUAUACAACCCAACAACAUCCUUGGUAUUCCUAACUGCUUCAGAUCUAACAUCAUGCACCUUGCUGCAAUCAACAUUGCCAAUGAACUUAUUCCCAUCUGUCAUGGCUCUUUUCGGUGCGAAUCUACUGGCAACAAGGAGACAUGGGACUGGGCUGUUCUCAAGGGUCGUGUAUGGCAAGACCAUGGUAAAGCUGUAGUGGAUGCAACUCCAUACCUUCCUGGAUCAUUUGAUCAUCCCCCUUGCAACCCUGCACAGAAAAUCAACAGUGGAUACAAAGCCUGGGAGUUCUUACUCUAUCUCUUUGGCCUCAGACCUGCAAUCCUCUAUGGUGAUCUCCCUGAUGUCUACUGGAAAAACUUUUGCAAGCUCAUUCAUGGGAUUCGAAUCAUGCAGCAACACAAAAUUCUUGCAGCUGACUUGUGUGAAGCUCAUGAGAUGCUCAUACAGUUCAAGAAGGAGUUCAAACUCCUGUACUAUCAGCGUCGUGUCAACCACCUCCAUUUCAUGCAACCAUGA